UUUAUCAAAAUUAUCACUUAUUCGGUUGAUAUACAUCAGUGUUCCCAUAAUUUUCUUAGAAAGCUCGGUGAUGCGUACAUCGAAAAGCAUGUAUCUUUCGAAAUACACGCCCAGGUUUUUCACAUGCGUAAUCGGGUGUUUGGGGGAAUACGUGAUAGAAUUUGCCUAUUGCCAAUAAAGAUACAUUGUGUUUUCUUUAGAUUUAGCAUAAGACCAUUAUUAAGAAAAUAUUGCUUUACAUUGUGUAGUGUGUCUUCAGUUUUAGAGAUGAGAUCCCUGAGGUUAUUGACACCCAAGUGUUACCCUUGGUGCUCUUCUCGGUGCUACCCUGACUGGGGAAGGUACUCGUCCAGGCACUCACGCAGCAAUGUGGAUGAUGCAUUACUUGAUUAUUUGUUUCGUGCGUUUCAGAACAGUGAGGUGACCGCCCUCAAGCACACGGUGAUUAGCGGGGACACGCCGUCCCGGAGGAUUUCCCGAUCGGCCUAUCAGGUGUGGACACGUCACGCGCCGCGUCACCACCCGCCAGCUGUCCUCCGCCUUAAAAGGCCUGCCAUCCUUGGCUCAGCACCAGACACUGGCAGUGAAGGACAUUCACACAUCUCCCUCUCCUGACCACAGUGACCAGCAGCCAGCACUACCAUGAACAGUCUCUGCCAGGAACGCAUGGCCGCUGCCGUGGCAGCCGCCCUCGCAGUCAAGGGAUCCAUGGCGUCCGAGAAUUCUGUGGAGAUGCGCCGCUACCUGAACAAGCUCAAGGACUUGGUGCCGCACUGCCCCAAAAACCGCAAAGUGACCAAGCUGGAGUUGAUUCAGCACGUCAUCGACUACAUCAGCGAUCUGCAGGACACCCUCCAGUCCGACACAGAGUCUGAGAGUCCUCCAGAGAGCCCUGUGGAGCGGAUGAGCUUCAGUGACGCCUACGACAUGCCGCCGACCCACGCCUUCUCUGGGUAUCCGUCACAGGAUGGCCGCCACACAAUGACGCCCGCGGAAUACUCUCAUGGAUUUGGGGGAAGCUCGCACGACGCCGGACACCGCUAUGGCGGCUCCUUGGCCUACAGCAGCGAGUACAGCAGCAACACCGCCUACAGCAGCAUGGCGCCGGCUGGAGCGGGUUACGGCGUCGGAUGCAGCUCCCUUGGCGGUGCCUUCAGUCCCAUUCUGUACAGCGACCAGGGCACCGCACCCCCGCCACGCUUUGCCUCAAGCUGAAAUGUGUGUGUGUGUGUGUGUGUGUGUGUGUGUGUGUGUGUGUGUGUGUCGUCGCUGACUUACUUGUUAAUGUUG